CUCGGUCUCACUAGCGCUAGGUUGUUCAACAGUCAUCCGCAGCUGGCCAUCCGCUCCUUCCAUGUGCUUCAUGCACGCCGCAGACCUGCACACCUGCACACGGGACCUUCAGGAGCGUGCCCAGAACUUGUCAAACAUGACUCGACUCAACCCCGCAGACGCACAAACAAACCAUGUCUUUGGGACACAAACAGGAGGCCAAUUGCCAAUCACCGUCUGAAGCCUAUGUACACAGUAACUGCAGCAGAAAUCGGCAAGGAGAUCCGAUGUUUGCUUUUGCCCCGUCAAACGGCUCCGUUGCCAUGACUCUUCCUGAAUCCUGUGACGCCCACACGCCCACCCGCCGUUUGUGCUCCCGUCUCCCGGACCCCGCACGCAGCCUCGGACCUGCAGAAGCAGAGACGAGUUGUGCGGCGGAGUCGAGACUUUCUGAUAGGUCCAAAGCGGCUAGGGACCAUGCUGUAGCCGGGCUCAGCAAGGCAACAUCCCGGCGCAGACGGAGACGGAGGUCCUUCACACGAUCUUCACUUAUUAGCUGGCUGCUGUGGGAAUCCGGCCUCUGGUCGACGGAUAGCUACUUGCCCUGUCGGGUACAUACGAAGGGCCGGAACAGCCUCCGUCAAAAAAUGCCCCCUGCUUGCAGGGUAUGCGGUUCCGAAGUUAGGUGUUGGCAUGGCAAAAAUGGACAGGGGUGGUAUGUACAAUACACUUCCCGUUCCUGGGCUGUCGUUGCUUGUCCCACCAUCUCAUUAUGCAGCGCCAGCCAGAUGCAGCCAGAUGGAGAUGCCUACCCCAAUAUGGGGCUUAGGCCCUCGGGUUCCCGUCUCAUCUGUCUUUUAUAUUUCAGUUGAGCCAUCCUUGUUCACCUGAAGGGCUCGCCUUGUCCAUCUCCAUUCCCCCCUAAAAGACCUCAUCCCCUUUGACGCCGAGCCUUCUUACAACAGCUGCUAUUCCUCAAGUGCAGUUG